AUGGUUGAUGAAGUUAAUUAUGUACCGUCGUCUCAUCAGUUGGACGACUGGGUGCUGUGCCGCAUCUACAAGAAGAUCAACAAGGCCGCGGCCGGCGAUCAGCAGAGGAACACGGAGUGCGAGGACUCCGUGGAGGACGCGGUCACCGCGUACCCGCUCUAUGCCACGGCGGGCAUGACCGGUGCAGGUGCGCAUGGCAGCAACUACGCUUCACCUUCACUGCUCCAUCAUCAGGACAGCCAUUUCCUGGACGGCCUGUUCACAGCAGACGACGCCGGCCUCUCGGCGGGCGCCACCUCGCUGAGCCACCUAGCAGCGGCGGCGAGGGCAAGCCCGGCUCCGACCAAACAGUUUCUCGCCCCGUCGUCUUCGACCCCGUUCAACUGGCUCGAUGCGUCACCAGUCGGCAUCCUCCCACAGGCAAGGAAUUUUCCUGGGUUUAACAGGAGCAGAAACGUCGGCAAUAUGUCGCUGUCAUCGACGGCCGACAUGGCUGGCGCAGUGGACAACGGUGGAGGCAAUGCGGUGAACGCCAUGUCUACCUAUCUUCCCGUGCAAGACGGGACGUACCAUCAGCAGCAUGUCAUCCUCGGCGCUCCGCUGGUGCCAGAAGCCGCCGCCGCCACCUCUGGAUUCCAGCAUCCCGUUCAAAUAUCCGGCGUGAACUGGAAUCCCUGA